AUGAACUUUGAUAUCUGUCUCUGCUUCUUUAUAACAGUGCUGCUGCUUCAAGUCCUGCAAGGAUUCUCUGUGCAGGAGAUCCACACGAGCCGUGAGAACAUCAUCAAGAUCAACUCAGCUGGAGAAAUGAUGCAGUGCUCUGCAGCCUUGGAUAUCCUCUUCCUCAUGGAUGGUUCUUACAGCAUUGGGAAAAGCAGUUUUGAGAGGUUGAAACAAUUUGCAACCAAACUUUGUGAUGCUCUAGACAUCGGGCCAGACAAGGUGCGCGUCGGCUCAAUUCAGUUUGGCUCCACCCCUCGUCUGGAGUUUCCACUGGACGUGUACAGUAACAAACAAGAGGUGAAGAAGCACAUGAAAAAUAUUCUGUUCAGAGGAGGCAGCACCCAGACAGGCCUGGCUCUGAAGUAUGUGAUGAAGAAGGGCUUCCAAGGCGGGCGCAAGUCCUCUGCUGCAGCCCAGAUCGUCGUCCUUUUAUCAGAUGGAAGAUCUCAGGGUAACGUGGUGCAGGCUGCCGCACAGCUCAAGGAGACUGGUCUGGUCUUGUUUGCUGUGGGCCUGCGUUACCCCAGGUGGGAGGAGCUAAACGCUGUUGCUAGUGCACCAGCGGAGAGCCAUGUUUUCUUUGCAGAGCAUUUCUACGAUGCUGUCAAUGGUCUAUUCACCACUCUGACCACCUUCUCCCUCUGUGACACCACACCUGCAGGCUGCGAGGUGGAGUCAUACCCCUGUGAGAGGAAGACACUGGACGUGGUGAAAGAGCUACAAGGGAAUUUCAUGUGUUGGAAAGGCUCAAAGGGAUAUUCCCCGUACAUGUCACUGUGUCCGUACUACAGAUACAACAAGAUGUAUAAGAGACACCAGAUGGUCUGCCAUCGGACGAUCUGUUCAGAUCUCUGUGACUCUCAGCCCUGCUUAAAUGGUGGGUCAUGUGUGUCAGAAGGUCCGCAGGGUUACCACUGCCUAUGCCCGCCUGGUUAUGGUGAAGACCCACACUGCGCUCCUGCAUUAUCACUGGACUGUUCUGUGGACCUGCUUUUCCUACUGGAAGGUUCAACCAAGCUCACCCUCGAAGGCUUUCUCCGGCUCAAGUCUUUUUUAAAGCGUUUUUUGCAAACUGUGAUCGGGUCCGGCACCCCCGGUAAUUUUGGCCUAGCAGUGUUUGGUAGAGAGACUCGCAUCGAAGCCCGCGUCGGCGAGUUCAAAUGGGACUUAAGGAGUCUGCUCAAAGCCGUAGGGGGGCUUCAACCAGUGGAUGGCGAGACACGGACAGGCCAAGCCCUACGCUAUGUUACACAUCACGGCUUUGUGAACUCGCCAGAUUUUGCUGACGUCACAGAUGACCUGCCUCGUGUGGUGGUCUUGCUCACGGCCACUCCUGCUGGUGAUGAAAUUGUUGAAUCCGCUAAAUACGCCCGUGAAAGGGAGAUCUUUCUUGUAGCAGUGGGACCAAAUGCCUUAAAGGGUCAACUGACCAACAUCACAGGAAAUCCACAGCGGAUCAUCACCUAUCCAUCACCUGACAGGCUUAAUUCUAAGAUCCCGGAACUCAAGGCCAAGAUCUGUAGUGUGGAUACUCAAGGUUGUCUAGGACAAGCAGUAGACCUGGUCUUUGCCCUGGAUGCCUCCAGUGGCGUUGGUCAUGAUAACUUUGACAGUUUGCGCGACUUUGUGCGCAGUGUCUCCGUCCAGUUUGACGUCAACCGUGAUGUGACCCAGAUUGCACUCGUGGUCUACAAUCUGAGAGCUUCUACUGUGUUCAACCUGGACACCCAUCAAACGGGCUCCGCUGUCCUUGAGGCCGUCAGCAAGGCAAACUACAUGGGUGGAGUGUCCUCAACAGGGUCAGCAUUGCUCCACAUUCACUCAAACGUCCUGACUGUGGCCAACGGUGCACGCCCAGGUGUCAACAAGGCUGUGGUCGUGGUGACGGAUGGCUCAGGCGGGGACGACGCCGUUGUUCCAGCUCAGAGGAUCAGAGAAAAUGGAGUUUCACUUCUUGUGAUUGGUAUCGGAGAUGCACAGGGAGACAGGCUGCUAAAGAUUGCUGGUACAGAGGAGCACGUAAUCUCAGUGCCGUGUUAUGAGGAUCUGAAGUACUUUGAGGAUGUGCUGGUGCAGAUAUUGUGCUCGGAGGUGAAGAAGCCGGUAAAUAUGUGCAAGCCCAACCCUUGCAUGAAUGAUGGGAUCUGCAUCCUAUCAGGUGGAAGCUUCUGGUGUCAGUGCCAAGGCUACGAAGGACCACACUGCGAAACACGGCACAGGAGGCCUUCAUCCAGAGGAGAUCUGCCAAGACCCUUGGGCCUGAGAAGAAGCAGUCGUCAGAAGAAGAGCCACCGAGAGCUCCUACAUCAUUACAAACUGCACCGCCGGAGACAGGCUGCCUGAGCUGUUUAAGGCACACAAUGCAUUCGACAAAUCACAUAUGACCAAUUCGCCAAUGAGGAGCUGUCCAAGAUUGUUACUGCUGAACGACAAAAACCUUUUUACUGUUGCAGGAUUUAAACUUGUACUUGAGGUAUAUUCAAGUUGCAUUCAAUUCCAGUUUCCAUUUCCUUAGGGUUAGGGGGUUUGGGUUAGGUGCUCAUCCUGUUAACUUUAGGAUCACUGUGGCCAUAACCUUUCACAUUUGUUCUACUUCUCCAUCAUCUGGUGCUUUCUUUCUGAUGAUGCUGUUGCAGGGUUCAAGGCCUCUGGUCUAAAACUAGAAGAGCCUCAGUACCUUAGCUCUGCUGUUCUCAACUACCUUUCAUGGUCUCUGUUUGAGCUUUGGUGCUUCCAGUGACCCCCCCCGGUCCUGUCUUCUGACUUUUUGUAUUUGGGCCUGUUCUUACACUGCCAUGGCUAGAAACACUGUGAUGUCCUUGAAUCCCAGUCUUUUCUAUCAGUUGGUAGUCUUUCUUAAUUCUUUCAUGUCUCCUUCUUUCUCAUCAGUCUCUACGACUGGUUGCGAUACUCACCUUGUGGUUUUCCCUAGGGGCCUUUAUGACCUUUAUUUCCCUUUUAUAUGCAUGCAUAUAUAUACAGACUCUACUAAAAGCAACAGGUUCGUUGUCACGUCCCACAGCAGUCUGUACACAAGGCUCUUGAAAUGGAGCAAUAUCUCCACCUGGUGGCCAUUUACCAUUAAUCCAGGUAUAGUUGAACUUUGCCACAAGCACCAUGUGUGUGUGUGCGUAUAUGUAUCAAUCUUUUUAGAAAUGAAACUAAAGUUUCUAACAAAUAACUCUCGUUGACAGAAGUUUAAACAAGAGCUAUCAAAUGCUAUCGUAAAGACAAGAGGAGAUAUUGUCAUAAAUUGUGCAUUUUCAAACCAGAGUUGUUGAUACAUUUUUUGUUUUUUAUUUGACUCAAAAGUGCAGUUUUAGCUAGCAAUACAACCUAAAGGCUGAAUAAUGCUGUCAAUAUAUUUACAUCUUGGCUACCAGCAUAUAUGAACCAAGGUAGAAUGUGAAAUGUACAAAGUGGCCAAAUCUGCUGUCGGGUACUUGUGGUGUUGAAAUGCACAGUUUGCACAUUAUUUUAAAGAACAAUGCUACACUGUCCAACAUGCUACGAUAUUAAAUUCCUCAAUUUGUAAAUAGAGGGAAGAAGUUGAAUAGUCACUGAAAAAUAAACCGAUCCAGUGGUAAUG